AUGGUACAAAUUACGACCCGCGAGAUCGACUUUACUUGUAUCGGGAUGACGACGACGGCACGCAAACACACAGCCCUCUCCCUCGCCCAAGAAGCCGCCCGACACGCCCUCGACGCCGGCGCCACCGCGGCCCUCCGCUUACGCAACGACCCGUCCGCCUGGGAAGGUCAAAGGGGGACUGAGGGCGGGCAUAUCGCUGCCGCUGCCAUUAGCGCAGUCGUUGUUGAUACCUUUUUGGCGAAGCGGGUUCCCAUGCGUAAAGGCGGAUUUCGGCACUCGGUGGCGAAACAGGCGGCGCAGGUGGUGAUUAAGGGGUUGGUGGCGAAUGUUGGGGGGUCGGGUGGUGGUGGAAGGGGGACUGGCCCUGCUGGGAGGAGAAGAAAGAGGUGA